CGGAGCAGCUAGCAACAUUAGCUUUGGAUUUGAUUGAGGACUUGUGUUGAUAAUUUCACAGCUCAUGUUGGCGGAUAUUUUAUCCAGUUAGAUGGUUCAGCAGCCGUCCCGGUUCCGAGUGAUUGUGUGGUUUAAUUUUGGCCUCGAGUCGUCAUGGCAGAAGAGGAAGAUUUGUCUCCAGACCUUCUGACAGAGGAGAUGAAACACAGAAAUGGCGUCUUCGUACCGCCUGAAGGUUUAUGCUGGCUGUCUGUGCUGUCCUGUCUGCUGCUGGCGUGUUCUUAUGUUGGAAGUUUGUACGUGUGGAGGAGUGACCUGCCAAGGGAUCACCCCGCGGUCAUAAAGAGGCGUUUCACUAGUGUGCUGAUCGUCUCAGGUCUGUCGCCGCUCUUUGUGUGGGCGUGGAGGGAAUUCACCGGUGUCAGGACUGUUCCGUCGUUACUGGCUCUCAUGGGGAUCCGCUUUGAGGGCCUCAUUCCUGCCAUUGUACUUCCUCUGCUGCUCACCAUGGUCCUGUUUCUGGGCCCUCUCAUGCAGUUGGCCAUGGACUGUCCUUGGAGCUUCAUGGACGGGGUCAGGGUGGCCUUCGACCCCUGGUUCUGGACGCUGUGUUUCAGUGACAUGCGCUGGUUGAGGAACCAGGUGGUGGCGCCGCUAACGGAGGAGCUGGUGUUCAGAGCCUGCAUGUUACCCAUGUUGGUACCGUGUGCCGGGCCCUUCACUGCCAUCUUCACCUGCCCCCUUUUCUUUGGAGUGGCUCACUUCCACCACGUGAUCGAGCUGCUGCGUUUCAGACAAGGCACUCUGUCGGGAAUCUUCCUCUCUGCAGUGUUCCAGUUCUCCUACACAGCUGUGUUUGGGGCCUACACUGCUUUUAUUUUCAUCAGAACAGGUCACCUGAUGGGUCCGGUCCUCUGCCACUCCUUCUGUAACUACAUGGGGUUCCCUGCCAUCAGCACCGCUCUGGAACACCCCCACCGCCUCACCGUCCUCUCCUCCUACCUGCUCGGGGUUCUCCUCUUCCUUUUCCUCCUCUUCCCCUUCACUGACCCCUCCUUCUACGGUCUCCCCACGCCCGUCUGCACCCUCACCUCCUCCCCCAGCUCCCUCUGCCUCUCCUGAUCCGGACCCUCCCUCCACUCCGACCCCCCCCUUCACACACCUCAUCGUCUCCUGUCGUCGCUCCACCUUCAGCUGAUGAAAGCGGUCGAAGGUGUGUUUAUUGCCAAGUUCCGGUUCCGUUCAGGUCCCGUGUGGGCGUACUCCAAGCCGAGAUGGCCUGCGUUGUCACGGUAACGUAGGGAACUUUGCAGCCAUUGCCCUACGGUCAGGGCUACCCUUCACGUGUCGGCACACUCACAUGACAUGUUUCAGAUAAUUGACUCAUGCUGGUAUUCUGAGCGGGUAGCGGUCUGGGUCCAGGACAGAUUCUGUAAUCUUUGGGUUCAUGUGGUUUUUAUUCUGAAGGGCAGGUCCACAUCAGACUCUCUUGGAUGGCAGGUCUCAUCAGUUUGUGAUGAAGUAUCAUAACGCACCCUUUUGGUGUACCAUGUCAGUGUCCUCAGUCCUGUUACUUAUCGAUAAUUCUGGUUCAUUACAAUGCGGCUCUUAUUCACAUAGCAUGGGCCUUCAUACGUAUGGACAGCUGAAGCCCCGCCCCUUCCUGUUGCUUUAAGUGGGACCUCAUUUCAGA